AUGAAGGCCAGUACUUGGAGUCUUUGCACCCUACUCUGUCUGUAUACAUGGGGGCAAAGUGAAGGGUACUCCAGGGGCCCCACACUGAACCGAGUACGUAGGGCCCCGGAAGAGACGGAUGAGGACAAGGGCCCAAAAAAGUGCUCCUACACAUUUCUUGUCCCUGAGCAGAAGAUUACGGGUCCCAUCUGUGCCAGCCGGGGGUCGUCUCUCCCGGACAAAGACCGGGUGACUCGCAUGGACAUCGCAGAUGUCCGUGAGCUCCUGACAAAACAGAGGCGCGAGAUGGACACGCUGAGGCUGGUGGUGGACGUGGACGGUAACAUGGUGAACGAGAUGAAGCUACUGCGUAAGGAGUCGCGGAACAUGAACUCCCGCGUGACACAGCUCUACAUGCAGCUCCUGCACGAAAUCAUCCGAAAACGCGACAACUCACUGGAGCUGGCGCAGCUGGAAGGACGCAUCCUCAAUGCCACCGCUGAGGCACUGAGGCUCUCCGCCCGCUAUAAGGAACUGGAGGCUCGGUUCUCCGCCUUGGCCGCUGUGGUCAACAACCAGUCCGUCUUGAUUGGUGCGCUGGAGGAGCGCUGUCUACAGGUGUAUGGGAACCGCCGGCAUGAGCCCCCGGCCCCGCCUCUAGUACAAGUGGUGCCUGAGAACAUUCCCGUGAGCGUACCCCGCCUCUCCAAUGAGAUUCAGAGGGACCACAGUAGGUCUAUCUCCAGGGAGAGAGGCUCCAGAGCUGGGCCUGCACCCACUGGCAGCACCCUGGACAUCAAACGGCCCCCCCAGGGUAACUUCAGCUCGGAGGGACCGUACCGCGACUGUCUGCAGGCGAUGCAGGCGGGCCAUGCCACCAGUGGUAUGUUCCUCCUGAAGCCUGAUGGGACUGAACGGCCCGUGCAGGCCUGGUGUGAACAUGACAUGGAUAACGGGGGUUGGACUGUCAUUCAGAGGCGGAAAGACGGUUCUGUCAACUUCUUCAGGAACUGGGAGAACUAUAAGAAAGGGUUUGGACACAUCGAUGGCGAACACUGGCUUGGCCUGGAGAACAUCUAUAAUCUGGCCAAACAGGGAGACUACAAGCUGCUGGUGGAGAUGGAGGACUGGAUGGAGAAGAAGGUAUACGCUGCCUACAGCAGUUUUCACCUGGAGCCCGAGAGCGAGUCUUACAGAUUGCGUCUGGGGACCUACCAGGGAAAUGCCGGUGACUCUCUGACCAGCCACAACGGCAAACAGUUCACCACACUAGACAGGGACAAGGACGCCUUCUCAGGUAACUGUGCACAUUUCCAUAAGGGAGGCUGGUGGUAUAAUGCCUGUGGACAGACUAAUCUGAAUGGAGUGUGGUAUGCCGGUGGAGUGUAUCGCAGCAAGUUCCAAGAUGGUAUAUUCUGGGCUGACUACGGCGGUGGUUUCUACUCCAUGAAGGGUGUACGCAUGUUGAUCAGACCCAUUGACUAA